ACACACAAGCAUGUACAGGGAGAAGAAGAGCUGAAAAGGACCCACAAGACGCACAGUAAAGACAUAACCGUAAUUAUGUCAUUUUUGUAUAAGAGUUAAUAGUAGCCUUGUGUGUUGUGCCAUUCUUUGGGAAAGAUUGAAAGCGUUUUAGUUUGUGACUAUUAGCGAUGAAAACCCUCAUUCUGGACAAUGGAGCUUACACGGCUAAGAUUGGAUACAGCCAUGAGAAAGUCAGUGUUAUUCCUAACUGCCAGUUCCGCUCCAAGUCUCUGAGGCUAAAAACCUUCACUGCAAAUCAACUGGAUGAAAUUAAAGACCCGUCUGGACUCUUUUAUAUUCUUCCGUUUCAAAAGGGUUAUCUCGUGAACUGGGACGUGCAACGGAAAGUGUGGGAUCAACUGUUUGGAAAAGAAAUGUUCAAGGUGGACUUUGCUGAUACCAACAUAGUGAUAACUGAGCCCUACUUCAACUUCACCUCAAUUCAAGAAUCCAUGAAUGAAAUUUUGUUUGAGGAAUACCAGUUUCAAGCAGCUCUACGAAUCAACGCUGGAUCUUUGAGUGCGCACAGACACUUCUAUGAUUACAAUUCGGAGUUGUGUUGCAUCGUGGUGGAUAGUGGCUUCUCCUUCACACACGUUAUCCCUUACUGUAGAGGAAGGAAGAUGAAGGAUGGCAUUUGCAGAAUAAAUGUAGGUGGAAAACUUCUCACCAACCACUUAAAAGAGAUCAUUUCAUACAGGCAGCUACAUGUGAUGGAUGAGACUUACGUGAUCAAUCAAGUAAAGGAGGAUGUGUGCUAUGUCUCACAGGAGUUUUACAAAGACAUGCAGAUUGCUCAGUUGAAAGGAGAGGAAAAUCUGGUAAUGAGAGACUAUGUACUACCUGACUAUAGUUCCAUCAAAAAGGGCUUCUGUAAGCCUCGAGAGGAGAUGAAUUUCACGGGGAAGUAUAAAACUGGAGAGCAGAUACUGCGGCUCACAAAUGAGAGAUUUGCUGUUCCAGAGAUGCUUUUCCACCCGUCAGAUAUUGGCAUCCAAGAAAUGGGCAUACCAGAAGCAAUAGUCAGCUCCAUCAACAAAAUGCCAGAAGAAAUGCAACCUCACUUCUUCAAGAACAUCGUCCUGACAGGUGGCAACACCUUGUUUCCUGGCUUCAGGGAUCGUGUGUAUAAAGAUGUCCGUGCACUCGCCCCUAGUGAAUUUGAUGUUUCUGUAAUACAGCCACAAAAUCCAAUCUGCUAUCCUUGGGAAGGAGGAAAGCUCUUAGCAGAAAACCCAGACAUCGAGGAGAUGAUGGUAACCCGAGAGGAUUAUGAAGAAAAUGGACAUUUUGUAUGUGAGGAGAACUUUGACAUUUAAUCUGGGAAAAACUAUUAUUUAUCCACCACGUGUUUGUCUGAUAUAUCCUGUCAUGUCUCGUUUUUUUUUUUUUAAUGUUGUAAUUUUUUUUUUUUUUUAAAUAAUUUUAUACAGUCUUGAAAAUAAACUUGACUUCAUACUGUAAUUGGGAGUUUCUGUUAUCAAGGCUUGUUUGACCAGGCUUGUGUAACCAGUAGUCAAUAUUAAGGGGAACUCUGGCACUUCACAUAACUUCGGGUUAUGUGAAGAGCAAACUAAGCCGAACACCUAACUUUAAUCUGAAGGGAAUGUAAAUCAUAGCAAGGGCUAAUGGUGGUGGAUGUGGUGGUGGUGGUGGUGAUGAUGAUGAUGAUGAUGGUGGUGACAUAAUUACAGUUUCACACUGCUUUAAAGGGAAAAAAACAACCUUUCAUUUCAACAUUUGUAAAAUAUAUUUCUGCAGAACAGGCUACCAUCUGCUGUGUUUAUAAAAAUGUGUACAUUUAGCUAAUUUAAAUGUAUUACUGUAUCAUGUAUCUGACAAACAUGAAGAAAAACCUAUGGUCUGACCACACAAAUAUAGUUUUUAAUUCCUUAGGACAGAAAAUGAUUUUUUGCUAACUUGAAGAGAGGAAAAAAAAAACUUGUUUAAUGACAUUUUUGGAUGUCAGUGUUGAGAAAUCCAUAUAUUGAAGAUACAUUUUCAAGCUGAAAUGUUUACCUAAUGUUAGUGUUUUUUAGUUAUUUUUGGGAACCAUUUCAUAAAUGCUCUACAAUAUGUUCCCCGCUAUU